UGAAUCAAUCAUUUCUAACCCGAAAUGCGGAAAAUAUUGAUUUGCCUGAUCGGAGUCCUAUUUCAAGCCGAUGGAGUACCACCUUCAGAAAUUGACCGGAUAAUUCAUUAUGUGAAUUCGCAAAAAACUACUUGGACUGCUGGGAUUCCUGCUCUGAGCCGGAAUUCUAUGCUGAAAACUCUUGUCACAGACGCUGCAACUAUAGGAUUCAAAAUCCAGAAUUUCGGGGUGUCACAAGCAAAUUCCGAUCUAUCUCCUUCAUUUGAUGCGAGAGAACGUUGGCCGGAGUGCAUGUCAAUUCCACAGAUCAACGAUAUUUCAGAAUGUAAGACAAGUUGGGCGUUCGCAGCAGCCGAAUCAAUGUCUGACAGGCUUUGCAUUAAUUCCGGAGGAUUUAAAAAUACCAUUUUAUCCGCUGAAGAACUUUUGAGUUGUUGCACGGGAAUGUUUUCCUGUGGGGAAGGGUGUGAAGGCGGGAACCCAUUCAAAGCUUGGCAGUAUAUUCAGAAACACGGUAUUCCUACCGGAGGAUCCUAUGAAUCGCAGUUUGGAUGUAAACCUUACUCUAUACCUCCAUGCGGAAAAACUGUUGGCAAUGUGACCUACCCAGCGUGUACAAAUACUACAUCACCUACUCCGAGUUGUGAGAAAAAGUGUACUUCACGAAUCGGAUACCCAAUUGAUAUUGAUAAAGAUCGGCAUUAUGGAGUUUCUGUGGAUCAACUUCCAAAUAGUCAAAUAGAAAUUCAAAGUGACGUCAUGCUAAAUGGGCCGAUCCAGGCAACUUUUGAGGUUUACGACGAUUUUCUUCAAUAUACGACGGGAAUUUAUGUGCAUUUGACUGGCAACAAACAGGGUCACUUGUCAGUUAGAAUUAUUGGCUGGGGAGUUUGGCAAGGUGUUCCUUAUUGGCUAUGCGCAAACUCUUGGGGAAGGCAGUGGGGAGAGAAUGGAACUUUCCGUGUUCUACGUGGAACAAACGAAUGUGGGCUCGAGUCGAAUUGUGUUUCAGGAAUGCCUAAACUUAACUAAAUCGUGUCUUUCUCAUUUAUGUAUGUGCAUUAAUAAAAUUGUCAUUCCCAAAUGAUUUAAAU